AUGGACUGUUGUGCGGUCGAUAAAGCGCGAGUGAUACGACAUCAUUGUGUUUGGAAAUAUUUGAGGAUCACUUCGAAAAUGGCCGAAGGUACCAUGGUUAUAAUUAUGGUGCAUACUGGGCACCGAAUGAUCAGCAACAGAAUGAACAGCUCGCAUCGUAUAUUCCGCUUAAUGCUGAACGGUAGGCUCCUUCUCGCACCGAUUGAUCGUGACAUCGAAUUCUCGAUGUUGGAACCGGCACUGGAGUGUGACUUUGCCGACGAAUAUCCUUCAGCCGAAGUUAUUGGUACCGAUUUAUCACCCAUACAACCGGCCUUCGUUCCGCCAAAUGUUAGAUUCGAGAUCGAGGAUGCAACGCUUGAAUGGACGUUCCCGCAAGACCAUUUUGACUUGAUUCAUGUUCGCACUUUGUAUGGCUCCGUUGGGGAUUGGCCAGCGUUCUACCAGAGAACCCUUUCGCAUUUGAAACCCGGAGGUUGGUUUGAUCAACUGGAGAUGUCCGUCCAGUUUCAGUCCGACGAAGGAAACUUAAAGGACCACCAUAUUCUCAGUGUCUGGUCUAAGCUGUUCAUCAGAAUGGGGGAAAUGACAGGGAAGACGUUCCGUAUCGCGGAACUCGCCAAAGGAUACAUGGAAAAGGCGGGCUUCCAGAACGUGACUGAAGUGAGAUUUAAGCUUCCCGUCGGGACAUGGAGUAGCGAUAAGCAUAUGAAAGAACUUGGAGAGUGGAAUCUGCUCCAGUGUGACCAGGGCAUCGAGGGCUGGGCAAUGGCUCUUCUGACGAGGGUGUUGAAGUGGUCAGUUGACGAGGUAAAGCUUUUUCUUGCUGAAAUGAAAAUCGGGCUUCAGGAUAGCAAAGUCCGUGCGUAUUUCAAUGUGUGA